AUGUCUAAUCAAGGUUCAGAACAAAUUCGGCAGUUUAUUGCUAAAUUGGAGCGAGAUGAACAACGGCAGGCUGCCUUGAACGAUAUUAAAAACCUUAUAGCAUUUAAACCAGCUAAUGAAGCUAUCGCUGCAAUAAGAGAUGUCGGAAUAUCACAAAUUGUCCAAUGUCUUAAUGUAGCAGAUAAAUCUCACGUUGAUUUAACCUGCGAUGUGCUGAAAACUUGUUUUGAUAAAUUUCGUGCUGGAGAUGUUAUUAAAAAUUACAUAGGUCACAUCAUGUACUUACUCCGUCAUGAUAAAAGUUGUGUACGAAGGAUUGCCAUUGAUGAGGUAUAUAAAGCAGUGGGUGCCAGUGCCUUACUCCCUAUGUCAGAGUAUAUGGAUGUGUUUGUAGCAACAUCUCAGAUGGUUUAUGAUUCUGAUGUAGGGGUUGCUAACAGAGCAAUAUUGAUUACAUCUAACCUACCACUUGAAGUGUACCCUGCAGUACUAGAUGAACUUAAAAUGGGUUUACAAUAUAACACAAGUAGUAAGUGUAAUGUAUUAGAGGUUGUGGUUAACAUCUCUUGCAAAUCUAAUGAGCAUUUCAAACUGUGCGUUGAUAAAAACUACAUUGAUUUUAUGAUACAAGAGCUUGAAUCAGAUGACGUCCUAUAUAAAUUAAAUAUUUUGGAAUUAUUAUCAAGAUUGGUGAUCAAACCACAAGGCAUUACUUACCUUGUUAAGAAUGGAGGUUUAAAUACUAUUUCAGAUUAUACAGCAUCCUUGAAGGACAAUCCUUUAAAAGGCUUAUUAAUUCCAGGUUAUAUGAAAUUCUUUGGAACUAUAGCUCACAAUUAUCCAAAAGAAUUUUUUGAGAAACAUCCUGUAAUGUUGACUUGCUUAUUUGAAGCAUUUGAAACAAAAGAUUCUAGUGUUUUGCCAGUAGCUCUGGAGACAUUAGGAUUCAUUGGUUCAACAAUUGAAGGCAAAUUAUGCUUAGCUGCUUUGGGAAGCAGAUAUACACAAACUGUGCAAAGUGUUUCGCAGUUAAUUAGAGACAGCUCAUCUGAUAUAAAAAAAAGUUCCAUCAACUGUUUAGCUGGGCUUAUUAGCAUAGACAAAGAUCCUUCUGUUCCCAAAAGUGGUCCUGUUGAUCACAGAGUUACUUUAAUGACAAGAGAGUGGUUCAGAACUUUAAAUGGACAACCAAUGGCAACUUUGAUGGAGAUGUGUAAAAAUGCAUUUCCAGAUAUAAGACAUGCUGCUUUUAUAUUGUUAGAUGCUGUUUGUCAACACCAGUGGGGUGAGGAAUUAGUAGCUAGAACUGCAGGUUUUGUUGAAUUUCUUCUAGACAGAUCUAUUGUGUAUACAAAAGAGACAAAUGAAGCAAAAUAUGACAUAAUCAAACGGCUAGCAAGAUCACCAGCAUUCGACAUCAACACUAUAUCAACACUACAAACUUAUGUUGAACAAGGUCCAUUCUAUUCAGAGAGUGUACUGGAAGUGGCUAUGGAAGAAGGAGAAAAUUGA